GGUGGAGCGCGCGGGGAGAGGCGAGGGGCCGCGACGCCCGGACUCCAUUAGGCGCUCCGGCCGGGACGCGGCGUCUCGCCUGCUGACGAGGGGACCCGCCGCCGCCCCGCGCCUGCCGCCGCGCGAGCCCCGGGGCCGGGAGCGCGAGGAGCGCGCGGAAGGAGCCAUGGCCCUGGACGGGAUCAGGAUGCCGGACGGCUGCUACGCGGACGGGACGUGGGAGCUGAGCGUGCAUGUGACGGACCUGAACCGCGAGGUCACCCUGAGAGUGACCGGGGAGGUCCACAUCGGGGGCGUGAUGCUCAAGCUGGUGGAGAAGCUCGAUGUAAAAAAGGAUUGGUCUGACCAUGCUCUGUGGUGGGAAAAGAAGAGAACUUGGCUUCUCAAGACACAUUGGACCUUGGAUAAGUAUGGCAUUCAGGCAGAUGCUAAGCUUCAGUUCACCCCGCAGCACAAGUUGCUCCGCCUGCAGCUUCCCAACAUGAAGUAUGUGAAGGUGAAAGUGAAUUUCUCUGAUAGAGUCUUCAAAGCUGUUUCUGACAUCUGUAAGACUUUUAAUAUCAGACACCCUGAAGAGCUUUCUCUAUUGAAAAAACCCAGAGAUCCAACAAAGAAAAAAAAGAAAAAGCUAGAUGACCAGUCUGAAGAUGAGGCACUUGAAUUGGAGGGGCCUCUUAUCACUCCUGGAUCAGGCACUGAUGUUCUUUACAUUGGCCCUCUGAAAGGAAGUAUAUAUUCAAGCCCAGGGCUCUACAGUAAAACGAUGACCCCCACCUACGAUGCUCAUGACGGAAGCCCUUUGUCACCGACUUCUGCUUGGUUCGGUGACAGUGCCUUGUCAGAAGGCAACCCUGGUAUACUUGCUGUUAGUCAGCCAAUAACAUCACCAGAAAUCUUGGCGAAAAUGUUCAAGCCUCAAGCCCUUCUUGACAAAGCAAAAAUCAACCAAGGGUGGCUUGAUUCCUCAAGAUCUCUCAUGGAACAAGAUGUGAAGGAAAAUGAGGCCUUGCUGCUCCGAUUCAAGUAUUACAGCUUUUUUGAUUUGAAUCCAAAGUAUGAUGCGAUCAGAAUUAAUCAGCUCUAUGAGCAGGCCAAGUGGGCUAUUCUCUUGGAAGAAAUUGAAUGCACUGAAGAAGAAAUGAUGAUGUUUGCAGCCUUGCAGUAUCAUAUCAACAAGCUGUCGAUCAUGACAUCAGAGAAUCAUCUGAACAACAGUGACAAAGACGUGGAUGAGGUUGACGCCGCCCUUUCAGACCUGGAGAUUACUCUGGAAGGCGGUAAAACGUCAACAAUUUUGGGUGACAUCACUUCCAUUCCUGAACUUGCUGACUAUAUUAAAGUUUUCAAGCCAAAAAAGCUGACUCUAAAAGGUUACAAGCAGUAUUGGUGCACCUUUAAAGACACAUCUAUUUCUUGCUACAAGAGCAAAGAAGAGUCCAGUGGUACACCAGCUCAUCAGAUGAACCUAAGAGGGUGUGAAGUUACCCCAGACGUGAACAUUUCAGGCCAAAAAUUUAACAUUAAACUCCUCAUUCCAGUUGCAGAGGGCAUGAAUGAGAUCUGGCUUCGCUGUGACAAUGAAAAGCAGUACGCGCACUGGAUGGCGGCCUGCAGGUUGGCCUCCAAAGGCAAGACCAUGGCGGACAGCUCUUAUAACUUAGAAGUUCAGAAUAUUCUUUCCUUUCUGAAGAUGCAGCAUUUAAAUCCAGACCCUCAGUUAAUACCGGAGCAGAUCACAACCGACAUAAAUCCCGAGUGCUUGGUGUCUCCUCGCUACCUAAAAAAGUACAAGAGCAAGCAGGAAAAAGGAUGCAAAAAACAGAUGCCAGGCUAUGUAAGAGAUUUGAUAACAGCAAGAAUCUUGGAGGCCCAUCAGAAUGUAGCUCAGAUGAGUCUGAUUGAAGCCAAGAUGAGAUUUAUUCAAGCAUGGCAGUCGUUACCAGAAUUCGGCAUCACACACUUUAUUGCAAGAUUCCAAGGAGGCAAAAAAGAAGAACUUAUUGGGAUUGCAUACAACAGACUGAUUAGGAUGGACGCCGGCACAGGAGAUGCAAUUAAAACCUGGCGCUUCAGUAACAUGAAGCAGUGGAAUGUAAACUGGGAAAUAAAAAUGGUCACUGUGGAGUUCGCAGAUGAAGUACGGUUGUCCUUCAUUUGUGCGGAAGUGGACUGCAAGGUGGUGCACGAGUUCAUCGGUGGCUACAUAUUUCUCUCAACACGCGCGAAAGACCAGAACGAGAGCUUAGAUGAGGAGAUGUUCUACAAACUCACCAGUGGUUGGGUGUGAACAGAAAUGCUGUGUGCUGAAACUCCAUGGCCAUAACAGUUAUUUAACUUUAAAAGCUGUUGUUUGCUAUAUGCUGCUUCAUAAAGUAAGCUUGAAAUUUAUUUUAUCAUGAAACUUUUUUGCCUUACCAGACCAGUUACUCUGUGCACUAACAAGCACGACUAUUAAUCCACUGUCAUGAUACAGUACACGGACUUGAACGUGGCACACGUUCCCUAGGGCCAUGAGUUGAAAACUGAAGUAGUGGGCAAGUCAGGAACAAGACAUCACUGAUUCCGGCCAAAGUGUGUGUAAGAAGCUCAAGCCAUCUGCUUUAACGCUAUCCAGGGCUUAAACUAUAUGAAGUCUAUUUAUCAUGUUUAAUGCAUGUGUUUUAAUAUGUGUUUAAUUUGACCUCUUAUCUUUCAAAUAUCCUACUUCUGGUAGCCAUAUGUCACCCGUCCGUGUCCCUCCCUACCGCCAAUAAAUCGGGCCUGCAAAAGGUGCCUGAUAUUUAAUAAUGUCCUUGUUUGAUCUUGAAGGAAAAUGCUGUUAGUCGUUAUGCCUGGUUUGUUUUUGUCCUUGAAUAAGCCUGUAUGUAUAUUGUCUUGUGUUUUUAUUUUUACACCAUAUUGUAUUACAACACUUUUAGUAUUCACCAGCAUAUUCACUGUCUGCCUAAAAUAUGCAACUUUUGCAUUACAAUAUGAAGUAAAGGUCAAUGAAGUAUGCAUUUUGUGUAACUAAUGUACAAACACAAAUUUUAUAAAAUUGUACAGUUUUUUUAAAAACUACUCACUACUAGCAAAUGGCUUAGAUGUAGCAUCUUUGCAUCAAUUAAAUGCUCUUUAAAAUAUAAUUAAUGUGCAGUUUUAAUAUCUGCUAAAUUAAGGUGACUUCAUUAUAGUCACGAUUUGCCACAGUGUCCUUAACCAGAGUGAAGCCUGGACUGGCUGUGUUCUCGUCUGUUGCGCUGUUACAAUCUGCAUUGGUGCUAGUCAGAAAAUUCCUAGCUCACAUAGCCCAAGAGGGGGCCAGGGAGGGCUGGAUGACCAGUGUUGUUCAAUAAUCCAUGGUUUAAAGACUGUGUAAAUGCAUUUUAUUUUAAAUAAAGGCAAAAUCUUUUAUUUAA